AUGAGCAUCCUGCUGCCCAACAUGGCGGAGUUCGACACCAUCUCGGAACUGGAGGAGGAGGAGGAGGAAGAAGCGGCAACGUUAUCGUCGUCGUCGUCGUCGGUAUCAGGGACCGAGGAUGACGAAGAAGAUGAGGAGGAGGAAGAGGAGGAGGAGACGCCGCCCCCGCCUCGGGUAGUAAGUGAGGAGCAUCUGAGGAGAUAUGCCCCAGACCCUGUAUUGGUGCGCGGCGCCGGCCACAUCACUGUGUUUGGCUUGAGCAACAAGUUUGAUACUGAAUUUCCCUCAGUUCUAACAGGGAAGGUGGCCCCUGAAGAAUUUAAGACCAGCAUUGGCCGUGUGAAUGGGUGUUUGAAAAAGGCUCUCCCAGUCAAUGUGAAAUGGCUGCUGUGUGGUUGUCUCUGCUGCUGUUGCACACUGGGUUGCAGCCUGUGGCCUGUUAUUUGUCUCAACAAACGAACCAGAAGAUCAAUUCAGAAGUUACUAGAAUGGGAAAAUAACAGAUUAUAUCACAAGCUUGCUUUGCACUGGAAGUUGACCAAAAGGAAAUGUGAAUCUAACAAUAUGAUGGAGUAUGUAAUACUAAUAGAAUUCUUACCAAAAUACCCCAUAUUCCGACCUGACUGAGGAAUUGUAUUCAGUCAAUUCUGUGUUAACCUGUCAUUUCCUACCCUUAGUGCCUUGUAGAUGAUUUUGGAAUGCAGAUGGUCUCCCUUGCUGUGUUCAACUUAUUCUUUAUAAUGGUAGAAUAUUCUCCUCACUAUUUUUUAUUUGUGUUGGUUUAAGAAAACAAUUUGCACAUUUUUUAGUUAAAUGAGGCUUGUGUCUUGCACUCUAUUUUUCAACAAAUACACACACACAUAUAUAUGUGUAUAUAUAUACAUAUAUAUACAUAGUUGCAACUAAACAGAAAACAUCAGUGCUGGUGUUUAAAAACAAAAACAAAAAAUACUUGUCCUGAGCAUGCUGCCUUAUUAUUAUUUUCACACUAUUUCUAAAAUGCAUCAUUUUCUAGGCAACUUAAUGCUCUAUAACCUCUUAAUGGGCAAAGAUAAAUAAGCUUUCAUUAGCUUUUAGAAAUAAUUUUACCCUUAACCUGCUUUUGAUGGACAAGCAAAUAAUUAACACUGGUUUUGUCCUACCCUUUGCUAAAUUAUCACUUAUGUUAGUGGAUAAAAUAUUUAAACACCUAAAAACUUGUAAAUAUUGCCUCUUUGCAUAAUGUCAAAUGUGAUAUGCCAUGGUUUACAACACGUAAUAUUAUUCUUACUGUAUUGCCAAAAUUCUGUAUAGAUUUUGAUAUGAAUGAAGUUUGCAAGCAUCCUUUUGAAUGUACAGACUGUUAACAUGCUAUUUUAUGGAAAAUCCAUAAUAAGUAUGUUAAAUUUUUCAGGUAUAGUGGUAGGGCAGACCUUUGUAACAAGUGGACUAAAAUUCAAAUCAUCUGAGGUAUUCUACAUUACACCUGAAGUUGAGAACCUACUUUUUGCCAUAUAUAACUCACCAAUUCUUGUUUUGUCCUCCAUAAGAAUUCAUUUUACAUCUGACUUGCUUCAUUCUCACUGUACUUAUUUAUUUCCCUUUGUGUGUACUUUCCCUUCUUGAAAAUAGACAUACUUAAGACUUUUAUGGGAUGGUUUGAGAUUUCAGAUGUUUUGGGAGGUGUCAUGACUCCCCUUGAAAGCCACUACUAACCCCGUUCUGGAUUUUUUUUUGUUUUGUUUUUUUGUUUUGGAAAACAGAGAGCUAUUGAGAAAUACCUAGUGGCUGGUUUACAAUCAUCAAAAUAUUCUUAAUUCUCUUUCAGAUGACCAUCUUUAGACAUUUGCAUAUUAUUAAUGUGGGAAAAGUAUUUAGAACAAAAAUAUUUUAAUUUAUAAAUUCAUAACACCUGUCCUUUCAUUAAUAUGUGUUUAUUUCUCUUCAAAAUUAGGUGAGAGCACUACACUAGUUCUUCUAGAUUUUGAAAUUUGAACAUAAUGGAAGCUUUAUCUUGUGUUAAUCCUACUGCAGAUGUAUGCCACUGUGUAGGCAUUAUUUGUAAUUUAUAAUGCUAAAAUAAAUAGAAAGCAUGUAGGACUGAAUAUUUUAUGCAUCAUCUUACUCAGCACUUUUAGUAAAGUUUUUAAGUAAAGCAGUCAUCCCAGGAAAAUAAAUAAUCAUUUCUUCAUAAAAGACCAAGCCUUUCAAAGUCAUUUUUAAAUGUAUAGCUAAUUCAAAAUUCACAGUCCUGUGUCAGUGAGAGAAGUAGGAAAAAAGAAACAUUACUUUAUAGAUGACUGUAAUUGAUUGCACAAAGUAUUUCCAACUCCUUCUGGAGAGUCCCAAUAACUCCAUGCCACCCAACCAUUCAUAAUCUCUAACUUUGAAUGUAUUGUGUGUGCCUGCGAAUAUCAUUUGUCUGCUACAAAAUUGAAGGUGUAUUUUUAUAAAUAAGAUGGAAAUACAUACCAAAUGUAAGGUCAGGGAAAAACUGUAUGUGUGGCUUAUAUUCCAGCUAAUAUCUUCAAAUUUUUAUGCUUCAUACUGUGACAGUUUAAUACCAAAAUUGUUUUCCAGCAUACUACAGAUGUUCUAAUUGUCACUGAUAUAAUAAUUGCGUUGAAGUGUCAAGUGUAAAAUUAAAUAUUUUUCUGUAGACUUUGUAAUUUGGCUAGAAGAUGAUCAUAAUAACAUUUUCUGUCCUGUAUAAAUCACACUUGGUUUUGCUUAAAGAACAGCAAAAAGUGAGUGGUAGCUUGUUUCCAUGAAACUAAUACUGAAAUAGGAAUAGAGUGCAUCUGAAAAUCACAGAGUACAGUUCAAGUGACAGUAGUAGUGUUUGUCAUAAACUAUUUUUCAACUUAUGUAAACUUAAUUUCAAAACUUGAGUUGCUCUUAAAUUAUUUUAUUACUCAUUUUAUGGAUUGAUUCAUCUUAUUUUCUUGAACUACUUAGAAAGACAUGCCCAGAUUUAUGUUUUUCUUUUAACACUACUCUUUCAAUGUUUUUGUUGUUGUUGCUUUGUUUUGUUGUUUUUUUGAAGGGGACUGAUUAACAGUUGAGGGUUUUUGAGUGCUUUUGUGAGCUUGUUUUCUUUUUUAUGAAAACAGCAGUGCAUGUUUAAAUGGCAGAGUAUAGUAUGAUAAUCUCAUUCAUCAAGCUUUUUUUAUCCUCAGAUAUUUGGAUAUUUUCAUCAAGUUGCUAAAGUAUUUGGGGGAAAAUUGUUUUUGGAUUCAAGAAAAUAAUUUUGAUUUCUUUAUUGUAUAACUUCCUCUAUGAAACCUGUCAUGUUUUCAGAGAAAAUAAUUUAUAUUUGCCAAAGCAUAAAACUUUCAGAAAACCUUGAGGUUACAAGUUAAAACCAUUGUUUCUCUAAUUUUCCCUUGAGUAGCUUCACUGCCAUUAACCCCUUUAACUGCCUAAAUUGUGUAUGAAAUGAAGUAAGUUCUAAUCUUUUUUUGAGCUACCUGUUCCCUUUCCAAUGUUACUUUAAGAAAGAGAUCAUUGUAGACAAGUAUUAGAGGUAGACGGAGAAGUGCCUUGUCUUUUUUGAACAAAGGUAACAUUUUAUGUUGAAGGAAGCAUAAGGUGAAUUAACUAUAAGAGUAUUUCAUUAGCAUAUUAUAUUUCUUCUAUUUUUCAGACCAUUUACUUAUUUUCCUCUAGUCAUAUGAUUUUGUUACUGGAAAAAAUAUUAUAGUAAAUGACUUAUCAAUCAUGUACACGUCUGUAUAAUUCUAAUACUAGUAAAUAUGUAGUUUAUCUUGGUUCUAGAACACUUUGGUCUUUAUUUGAAGCCCUUUAAAACUCACUUAGGGGCCCAAGAGGUAGUACAAUGAUUUAUGCAGCAGACUUUUACACCUGAAGCUCUCAGAUACCAGGUUUAAUUCCCAGCAUCACCAUAAGCCAGAGCUGAAAAGUGCUAUAUAUUUUUAAAACCCAUUUAGAUAUUUAAUGUUCAUAGUAUUCAUAGUAUUAUGAUCUGAAAACACUAAUAUCUGACCAGUUAAUUAAACUGUAUUAAUAUUUGGUUCUCUAUUAUUUUUAAUAAAAUGUAUUUUUCUCCAUAAUUUAAGUGAAGUUUUAUGACAUUUGUAAACCUUUGUGCAAAUAAGGUUUCUCAGAUAUAUGUAAACUUUAAAAUCAUUAGCAUUUUCCUUUGUUUACAAAUCUUUAUUUUCAGAAUUCAAAACUCACUACUUGAAUAUAAAUCCCCCAAACAAUAGUUUAUCAUUUUAACCAUAUUGACCCAUGGGACUAUGAAAUAAUUAUACUGGGUUAAUUGAAGCAGUUUCACAUAGUAGAAAUACUUCUUGUUAAUUUGAUCAUAAGAUGCUCAAGUACAUCAAAAUCGGGUCCUCUUACCAUCUUUUAAAAAUACAUUUUAUCAAAGCUGUUGAAUUGUUUUUUAAAUUGUGUACUUUAGGGAAAUUUUCCAUUGAAAAAAAUAGAUUUAUUAAUAACACAUGCUUGUGAACAAUGUGAACAUGUAAUAUGUACCCCAUGUUUCUCAUUUUUAAUUAAGUCGUUAUUUCCUUUAUGAUCAUUGAAGCCUGAGAAUGGGUCCCAUUUCCUGUGGACUUUUUCAGAUUCAAACUAAUAUGGGCUCUGGGAAAAAUACUUAAAUUACUUGAUAGUCCCUUCAUCUGUAAAAAUCAUGGGGCACAUAGAGCUGGAAAGAUUUGAGAUUACCUAACUUUCUGUGAUCCAGGACAAUUUUUGCUCUACAAAAUCUCAUUUUUCUCAGAUCUAAUACCUUUCAUUGAAAUUCUCACAGUGCCUAGCACACAGUUUUAAGUGUGAAUUGCCAACACUCCUCUAGCUGAUACUUGUUCAUAUCACACAGGCUCAAAAAGAAAAACCUGACAUCUGCUUUCCCUCAGAUCCUGCAGGGUGAUAGGAAUGAAUGAGUUGAGUACCAUGGUCUGUAGGCUUUGCCUGUGUGAAAUUAACAGUGCAGUUGGUAUCUGGGCAAGAUUUAGAGCUAUGAAGACCAUGGAGUAUGGGAUGAUACCCUUUGAUAUUGAAGUAAAAUAUAAUUUCAUAUCCUAUCCAACAUCUGCUUUAAUGUUUUAUCAGGUUACAUACCUUUAAAAAGAAUCUUUGGGAACAAAUUGAUGAUACUAUAAUACAUGGGAAGGAAAAGUAUGAAAAUCAAAGCCAAGUCACUUCUGAUUUAAGUCUUAGCUCUGUUGCUUAAUUCCUCUGUACCUCAUGUCUUCAUUGUGGAAGUGGGGACAAUAAUUUGGACCUACCUCACAGGGGAAUGAAGGAUUUUUUUCAUAUAUUCAUGUGCUUUCAGAGUUGACUGAAAGAUACACUGUUUGUAAUCCCUAAGUCAAUUCCUUCCAGCCUAUGUUGUUGUUAUAUUGACUUUCUCAGUGAAACCCUACAGAAUAGUGUUGAAAUUAAAGUUAUUAUUACUAUUGAAUUUUGUUAUUAAUCCCCUAUGCUAAACAUGGAAAAUUGUGUUAUUUCAAUACUUGAACUAGGGAUGAAAAGCAGGUGAAUUUAAACCAGUUGUUCCUGAUUUGAGUGAGAUGAGGAUAGCAGUAAGAGAAAUCCUUGGACCUUUUUUGACAUCUUAAAAAGUGUACUAGAAAUCACACAUUUAUUCACAAUCCUACUACACAAGCCAACUACAACACUGAAUUUCUGUGCAUUUUGUUUAGUUUUUUUUCAGUUCUGUUAUCACUACUCAUCACAAACUGAUAAAAAGCCUCUGGUUACAUACAAUUUAGUAAAUAAGAUGCUUGAAAAUUUGGGUAAGGAAUAAUAAAAGGAUCCUUCUGGUAAAAAAUAUUGGGAGCCACUUUUAUAAAGGAGCUAAGAUUUAAAUAAUCUCUUUAUAGUUUGCUUACCUAGUUCCUAUGUUAUAAAAUGUUAGACUUUUUUGUAUGUGUGUGUGUUUGUGUGUGAGAGAUGGGGGUAAGAGGGAGAGAGAGAGAAAAAAAAAAAGGAGAGGGAGACUUUUUAUUAGAUUUGGGCUAUAUAACAUCAGGUUAGAAUUUGCCUUUGGGUUUUCUUUUGUUUGUUUCAGUAUGAUACAAUAGAUAAUUUAUUUGGGUGUGUAUGUGUGAGACAUGCAUGCUCAUUAUGAGAAAAAAUGUUAUAAUAUUCUAACACUAAGCUAAAUAUCAGUUUUGGAAUCUAAAAGUAGUUCUAUGUAUAAACUCACAAUGAUGAGUCAAAGGAGUAAGUUUUCAAAUAUUCCCUUUACUCCUGCUAUUAUCUUUUAUUUUUCUUGUCUUAAUUUUCUAUUUUUCCAAGAAGCAAGUAGUGCAAAAUUGUUUUGAUGCUUGGACUUUAAGACAAACUAUAACUAUUUUAAAUUUAUAUAAUCUACAUACUAAUUUGUCCUCCCUGGAAUAACCAAAUGCAAAUAUGAAUUUCAACUGCAUCUGGUAAUUAAGAAAGUGGUUAUUGACCAAAACAUCUGGUUAAAAAGCCUAGGAUUUCUACUUUUUGGCAGAGGAUUCUUGUGGGUAGCUUUAUUUAAAAAGAACAAGUGUAUAUGUCCAUUCAAACCAAGAACAUUCAUGCUUCUUACAUAGCCUGUGGAAUGAAUUCGCUUUUCUCCCGUGAGUUCAAGACUAACUCCAUUGGAAGAACUCAGUCUAUAUAUAGCUGUGCCAAAAUUAAGGAAACCUGCCUCUCUGAAAUUUUCAUUGCUGCUUCUGUCGUUGUUCAUUUGUCAGAUAUAAAAUUUUAUUAUCUCAGGAUGCAAAAUUCAAUAAAGUGCAAAUCUAUGUUAAUGAAA